AUGGUCAACAUAGCAAGCGUGGGCACGGUGGUCAUCAAAGUCGUGAAAUUGGUGUUGAACAUAAUCAUUUUGGUGCUGUACCGGACUGGGUAUCGAGGUGGAUUUUUGGGAGUCGGCGGAACGUGGAACCUGAACGAAGAGAAAAACCCGGAUGCGGAAAUAGUCGCUUCCGGCGUGUUCGUCGGUUUCUUCAUCUACACCGUCGUGAUCCUAAUAUCGUACGGGUUCGGAUCCAACCACCAGAAGAAAACGCUAGUGGAUAUAAUAAUGAACUUCGUCGGCAUGUUCAUGUUUAUCGCCGUCGGCGGCAUAGCGCUCCACUAUUGGAUUGGUUAUCAGAACGAAAACAAAUACAUUAGCGUAGCUUCCGAACGUGCCAUAGGCAUCACGGUGGGCGUGCUGUGCGUUCUUUCCGGUGCCAUUUACCUGGUGGACACCGUUCUGUCGUUUAUACAUUUCGCCAGAGAAAUGGAGUUCGAUUAA